ACAAGACAGGGGCGCGGGUGGGGAGCGCGGCGGCGGGGUACUAAUUGCUGUCCGCCGAGACCUGCGCGUGCGCCGCCGGGAUCAGUGGCGCUCGGCGCGCACCUCCGAGGAGUUGUGGGUUAG